AUGGCAUUUACAGGAACUCUGGAUAAAUGCAAGGCUUGUGAUAAGACUGUUUAUGUGGUUGAUAUGUUGUCCCUUGAAGGACUACCUUAUCAUAAAUCCUGCUUCAAAUGCAGCCACUGCAAAGGAUUUCUCUCGAUGAGCACCUAUUCCUCCAUGGAUGGAGUCCUCUACUGCAAACCUCAUUUUGAGCAGCUUUUCAAAGAAUCUGGGAAUUUCAGCAAGAAUUUCCAACCAAAGUCUGCUGAGAAGCAAAAUGAACAACUGAAUAGGGCCCCCAGCAAACUCUCCUCCAUGUUCUCUGGAACCCUAGACAAGUGUGCAACUUGCUCAAAGACAGUCUAUCCACUGGAGAAGGUGACAUUGGAGGGAGAAAGUUACCACAAGUCAUGCUUCAGGUGUGCUCAUGGGGGCUGCCCUCUUACACAUUCAUCCUAUGCUGCUCUUGAUGGAGUUCUUUACUGCAAGCACCAUUUUUCUCAGCUCUUCCUGGAGAAAGGAAAUUACAGCCAUGUCCUCCAGGCUGCUGCAAACAGGAAAAAUGCACUAGCUACUGAGCCAGCUGCUGCAGAAGCCCCUCCUGAGCCACAACCAGAACCAACAGAACCAGAAUCUAAGGACCAGACCGACCAACCACCACCAGAGGAAUCUUAA